AUGGACCCCGCCGCCCAGCUUGCCAACGCUGUCACCGAGCGCGUGAUUAUUCCCGUCAAGGGUCCCAUCGACGAGUGGAAAGAGCAGUUGAAGUCCAUGCUCCAAGCUCUUCAGAACCAGCCCGGAUACCUCCGUACUCGAUGGGGCCCAUGGAGCGAGGAUCCGCAGAAGCUGGAGCUACUAACUGGUUGGAUCAACGUAGAGUCGAGCGAGGCCUGGAAGCGAACGAGGGACUAUUCCGAUGCCAUGACCAAGCUGGCACCCGUGCUGAACGGCCAAGCGACGAGCUACCUGCUGCAGUUCAAACCGUACGCGCCGCAAGCGGUCAUCAACUCUCCCAUCGUCGAGACGUUGACCUUCGAGAACUGCCUAGAGCCCGAAGAGAGGAUGCGCGAAGUUGUUGAGAGGGCCAAGACGAUGCCUGGCUGCAACGGCGUGGCGAGCGGGUUCUCGCUAGGCAGGGGCAGCUCCGGAGGUCCAAGCAGCGGGAGCGCGAGCAUCGGUGGCGGCAACGGCGGCAGGACUUUCGUCGCUGUCAUCGGGUGGACGGGGAUAGGGGCAAGCCGGACGGCGAACAAGACGACGUACACCGGCGGUAUGAAAACCGAGAGUCACCACGUCAACUAUGCAUUUCCCGUCCAGGGAUUUGGAGGACUUUAG